AUACUGACUUGAAAAAAAAAGGAAUAUGUCUUUUCUGUAUUUCAUAAAUUAAUAUGAUUUCCAUUGAUCUUGAUAAUGGAUAGUUUGCAGUUCUUUCUUUUCUUUGAAUGGCGGCAGAAAGGAUAUUUAAAGCUCGAGUUUUCGCGCCAAAGUCUCCAAUGGGUCUAAGAAUCUGUCAUGUUGCUUUCUUAAGGUUCCUAUACCAGAGUAUAUUGUGUUUCUUGCCGCUAAGAAUGGAAGCUUAACACGGAAGGCAAAGAGGAAAAAAAGGGAGAAAAAAGAAAUCACGUAAGUGCUGAUUGAUUUGGCUUCUUGUCAAAGGUCACCAAUCAGUCCUCUUCAUGACCAUUUGAUAAAACUCCAUCGCUCUCCUCAGACAACAGCAGCAUCCUGACAUCUCUCCUCGGCAAUUAUCGGCGAUUCGAGAAGCGCCAUGACGGUCUCGCACAAAGAAAAAAAGGAAUCCCUUGCGGAUGAGCCAAAAGAGUUUACUGACAUUAUUGGAGGUCAUGGGCGUUUCCAAAUGACUAUAUUCAUAUUUUGCUUUUUCUGUUCUGCACCACACUGUUUCCACAAUCUCAUCAUGACUUUUUUCGCACCCAACAUGGACCAUUGGUGCGCACGACCUCCAGAAAUUAUUGCAGCAAAUAUAUCAGUAGAAGAAUGGAAAAAUCGUAGUAUACCUAUUGUGAAAGGAAGAACAGAGCUUUAUGAGUCUAGUCAUUGUACUAUGUAUCCCAGCACAAUCCGAAAUGGUUCUUUAUAUUCAAACAUUAACGAAGAACCCAUAAAAUGUACUGCUUGGGAAUAUGAUAAUUCAUUCUACAAAGACACUAUGGUAGAUCAGUGGGAUCUAGUAUGUGAACGCGAAUGGUUAAUCCCCAUAGCCAAAACGGUUUAUAUGGUUGCCUUCCUCCUCGCUGCAACAUUAUGUGGUCAACUGUCAGACAAAUUCGGCCGUCGUAAAACUAUGAUUGGUUGCCUCGUCGUGUUCUUGAUAGCUGCCUCCCUUACUCUCUUAUCUGUGAAUUUCAUCAUGUUCUUAGUGUUCAGAUUUUUCGUGGCUCUGGGACUCACUUCUGUGUUUACUAUUUCAUAUGUCAUCCUUGCGGAGAUUGUUAGUGUGGAGUACCGUUCAAUUUACUGUUUCACAUUUAAGUAUGGUUGGGUAUUUGCCUAUAUGUUGAUGCCAUACAUAGCCUGGCUUAUACCCAGCUGGUUCUGGUUACAGUUAGUCUUCACUCUACCUUGGUUGACUCUCUUGAGCGUUUUUUGGAUUGUUCCCGAGACGCCGCGUUGGUUAAUAACCAAAAGAAGGUUUUCAGAACUUGAAAAGGUGCUCCUUUAUGCAGCUGAGAGAAAUGGCAAGGAUAUGAAAGAGGCCAAGGCUGCUAUUCAUCACUUCAUCACCAAUCACCCACAGAUUGAUGAAAAGAAAGGUGAUGAGACAGUAUUGGACUUGUUGAGGACACCAGCAUUGAGAAAAAAUACAAUUAAUAUAUAUUUCUGUUGGUUCAUUAUUUCCUACAUCUAUUAUGCUCUCUCCUGGAAUACCAAUGACCUAGGAGGGGAUCCUUACUGGACAUUUUUUAUAUGUGGAUUCGUGGAAUUGCCGGCGGGGUUUAUUUUCAUGUUUAUCUGCAGAUAUGUUGGACACCGAACCGGUCUUUUGAUUGCAAAUGUUCUGGCCGGACUUUGCCUCCUAGCUGUGAUUUUUGUUCCUGCUGAUAUGGUAUGGUUGACCAUCUUCUUUUCAAUGGCUGGAAAAUUUUUCAACUCUGCUUCUUUUGACACUGUCUACAUCUACACAGCUGAGAUCUUUCCUACAGUAGUUAGAAACGUAGCAGUAGGAUCUAGUUCCACGUGGGCGAGAAUUGGUGCAUUAGUUGCUCCUUUCAUACGUCAAGUGGCAGAUGUCACUCAUCAUUCGGUACCUAUGGCAGUUCCAGGAUGCUUGUCUGUUAUCAGUGGACUCUUGAUGCUUCUGCUUCCUGAAACAUUAGGGAAGAGACUUCCUGAUACCCUAGAAGAAGGGGAGACAUUUGCGAAGAAGCUUGAUAUCCUUUCAAAGGGCGAAAAGCACAACGGCGUUAGCAAUGGUAUCGAAAUGGGAGAGAGAGACACGAAAAGUUCCGACUAGUCUUAAAUUAUAAAAUAAAACAAAGUAAAGAAAAGGAA